GGGCAUCGUUUCAUUAGAAGACAUUUUAAGUCGUGGGAGAUUGGCUCUGUUGGAGUUGUCUUAAGUGGAACCGUUUAAUUAAAUCACGAGCAUCAACAAGAGAGUCGUCAUGGUUACAGAGCUCCAAGGUCUCGUUUGCUUUCCCCCAAAACCCUGUCUUUGAACCAUUGGACAUGCAUCUCAGUUCAUUAAUUUCUCAUUCAUAUAAAGCGUGGUCGGUGAUAUUAUUGCAGCGUACCACAAAAAUCACCUUUCACUACGGUUUACAACAACACUUUUAAAUGUUUUAGGGGCGAACAUGUUUCAUGUUUUUUAGAGUGGUUUCAUCAUGAAAAACGCAGUCUCCCCACCACCACUGAGCUUCAGACGAGAUAUACCUUUGAAGAAUUAAUUUUAUACAAAGCAAUACAGAUGGGUUUCUCCAUGCUGGUUCUUUCCUCGGUGGUAUCCACAUUUGGCGGUCUGGUGUUUGGAUAUGAGCUGGCAAUCAUCUCUGGGGCUCUUCUUCAGCUGCAGACAGAGUUCCAGCUCAGCUGCUUCCAGCAGGAGGCUGUUGUCAGCGCCCUGCUGAUCGGGGCCCUACUGGCCUCUGUGAUCGGUGGGGUUCUGAUUGACCGGCAUGGCCGGAGGAACUCCAUCUUGCUCAGCAACGCACUCAUCCUCGGAGGAAGUCUGCUCCUUCUCAUCAAUGGAUCUGUCUUCGCACUGGUGGCGGGGAGAAUAACAGUGGGCUUUGCUAUGUCCAUAUCCUCCAUGUCCUGCUGCAUCUUUGUGUCCGAAAUGGUCAGUCCCAAGCGCAGAGGUUUGCUGGUGACACUCUACGAAGUAGGCAUCACCAUUGGCAUCUUGGUAGCUUACGCUAUGAACUACUUCCUAUCAGAGGUCAAAGAAGGAUGGAAAUACAUGUUUGGACUGGCGGUUGCUCCGACAUUGGUUCAGCUGGUCUCAGUUUGGUUUCUCCCAGCCCGUCCUGUCACCUCUGCGAAAGAAACGCCGGAGGUCCAGAGCCAGGCCGGGCUUAUUCAGAUGACCAGUGUUACUGAGAUGGAGGACGAUGCAGUCAGCGUUAGGAGAGAUGACCAACAGUACAGCGUGCUGCACCUUUUCCAAAGCAAAGACAACAUGAGAACUAGGACUCUGAUUGGCCUCGGUUUGGUGCUUUUCCAGCAGUUCACCGGUCAACCCAACGUUCUCUUCUACGCCUCUACCAUCUUCCACUCGGUGGGCUUCGAAAGCGAUGCGUCUGCAGUGCUGGCCUCAGUGGGCUUGGGGGUAGUGAAGGUUGUCGCAACCCUGGUUUCCAUGGUUUGUGCCGACAAGGUGGGCAGAAGGGCACUGCUUACCGUGGGAUGCCUCGUCAUGACGGCGUCUCUGUUUGUCAUCGGACUGCUGAGUGAACACGCCCUGCUCAACACCAGGAGGCCGUGUGGUGCUGACGACCCCCUCACAAACAGCACGGCCCUGUCACAGAAGCCUGCGGAGCAAAAAAUACUAACUGUGAACAUCUCUGUCAAUCAGAGCCAUGAGCACUUUGACAGGUUAAAGUUUACAACUCGUGCAGAUUCUGCUGUGUGGACACCGGAAAUUUCACACACCCACCCCCUUUACCCAACUCCAGAGCCCCACGGCUUCUUAAAUCCUGGGCCACCUGUGCCCUCCAGGGCUGCAAGCCAUGGAAUUGUGAACUGGAUCAUCUUGAUCAGUAUGAUGGCAUUCGUUAGUGCAUACUCUAUUGGAUUUGGGCCAAUGACCUGGCUUGUGCUGAGUGAGAUAUUCCCAGCUGGAGUGAGGGGAAGGGCGUUUGCGUUUACAAACUGCUUCAACUGGGUGGCUAACCUACUCGUUACUUUCACCUUCUUAAAUGUAAUUGAUGCACUUGGCCUGUCCUGGACUUUCCUGCUGUAUGGAAUUACUGGAGUGGCAGCUGUUCUCUUUGUCUACCUCAUGUUGCCAGAAACCAAAGGGAAAUCUCUUGAGGAAAUAGAUAAGGAACUCUCCACGAAAAGGAUACACAACAGAGACUCGUGCUGUAACAUUUUGGGCAGCAGAAGAAUGUUUUCAACCGGGUAUCAGAGAGUCCACAUAUCAAGUUCAGCAGUCCAGUAACCCACCCUCUCACUGACAUACUGUGAACCAACCUAGAGUGUACCUGAAACAGUCUCCAUGCAUCACUUGCUUUCCAUAAACCAUUGUUAUGAAAGUUGUUCUUGACUGAUGUGAAUGCCUCAAGUGAAUCUCAGGGUGUAGCAUUACCCAUGACCUACUAAUGCCUAUGAUCCCUGCCGUCAAAUGCAAAAUCAGCUUCGAGUGAUGACUUGCAAAUCCGCACACAUGAAGCGCAAAACACUUAGGGGACAAACUGCUUUGAGCAACCGAGGCAUUCAGAGGCAAACUGCAAAUUCAGGACAGACUAAAGAUGAUUUUCAGUCUAUUCUAGUGUCCCACUGAUUUACACUAGUUGGCUGGCAGAAUGUUUAAAUUCACCUCACCAAGUGGUGCAAUGCGCGGUGAAAAAGCCGCUGUGCCCCUCGUGAUCUAAAGCCCUUGGCUCAGGGAGCACCCGAGUGAGAGUAAAAACACUUACUUUAAGGGCAGGCUGAGCCUGUGGGUUUGGGCUCAAAACAAGGCGUUUCAUUGGCCGACAAUGACCAGAACCCCAUUCCUGUGGAACUUUUUUUUUACGUCAGGGAGAGGGAUAGGUAAGUCAGCCAAAGUCCCCUCACCACUCUGUUCUCAAAGCCCUGGGACUCGCGUGGGCACUAAUGAGUCACACAGAUAACAUCAGGAGAAUGUGACUAACCCCUGGCUGUGCUUGCCUCCUGAUGCAUUGCGGGACUUGAAGUGUGAGAAGUAGUCGUAGUUGCCGUGGUAUUGGAGGAGUGCACGCACCUUGCCCUGUGCUCCUGUGUGGGUUCAGUGGCUGCCAUUGUGGUGCUGACAAGCUUAAAUGCAUUACCAGCAACCACUACAGGUGGGUGAAAAAGAGGAAAAAUGCAAAAAAAUGUAGAAAAAAUACAAAAAGAUCUUGGCUGUGAAAUGACUCAAUGAAGAUUGAACGUAGUCAAAAUAGUAUUGCUUUUUUUUGGCGUGUCCAUCUGGGUCAAGGACACUUACACAGAUGCAGUUAUAUUUGGCAGUUGCCCCUACCUCUCACAAGCGUACAAAAUCAGAGUAUUUCAUUACGGAGUACAUGCGCAGGGGUAGGAAAGAUGAGGAAUAGCGUGACUUUUUUGAUUUUUAGAAAUAAUCUAGAUUCCUGGUCAGAAGCCAAGCAACUGCUAACCUGUACGUGUGCAUGGCUCCACAGCUCAGAUGGAAGUGAGCAUCUCUCUCUCUACUGCAGUUAGGUCAAAUUCCCAUCCAAAUGUUAUUUCAUUAAUAUCGAUUAUGUUCUGAUGGUAACUGCUAGAUUACAAAAUGUUGGCGAUCGAAAAAAAGGGAUCGUCAGUCUCCAGCUGGGCCACCUGUGUCUUUAUGUCAUUGAAAGGUAAAUAUGAGCAGAGGUAGUGAUAUCUGGAGCUCAAAGGUGCCUGCUUCACAUUGAGGCCUGUGUCAGUGUGUUAAUAUGCGUUGCAACUGUUGUGUCUAUCAUCUAGCCAUAACCACCAUCAUGCUCAUUUAACUGAAUCUGCUGCAAGACAGUAGUGGUGAACAGAGGUUAUGACUAUUGUCCCAGACGGUGAUAGAGCAGUUCCAUGCUUGAGGUAGUUACUGAAGUUAGUUUGCCUCGUUAAAUAACCUGUUGUGUGAAUGCAUUGAUGUAAUUUUUGAAUAUAACUGAAAUUUCUCUCCUUGGUAAUUGUGUAUGUGCACAAAUAUGAGUAUUAUGAGUAACAAAAAUAUGGGAUUGUAAUC